CCGGACUGACGGGACCAGAGGUCCAGGCGCAGCCCCAUCAGUGGAACAGGAUGGCGGGGCCCGGGCUGAUGCUGGGGCUACUGGCUACAGUGGUCGUGUGCGGCAGCUGGGCCCUGAAUGAGGAGGAGCGGCUGAUCCGGCACCUGUUCAAGGAGAAGGGCUACAAAAAGGAGCUGCGGCCCGUGGAGCACCAAGAGGACAGCGUGGCCAUCUCUCUGGGCCUCACCCUCUCCAACCUCAUCUCCCUGAAAGAAGUCGAGGAGACCCUCACCACUAACGUGUGGAUUGAGCACGGCUGGAACGACAGUCGGCUACAGUGGGAGGCCAAAGAUUUUGGGAACAUCAGUGUCCUGCGCCUGCCCCCUGACAUGCUGUGGCUCCCGGAGAUUGUGCUGGAGAAUAACAAUGACGGCUCCUUCCAGAUUUCCUACGCCUGCAACGUGCUCAUCUAUCCCUCAGGCUGUGUCUACUGGCUGCCGCCUGCCAUCUUCCGCUCCUCCUGCCCCAUCUCCGUCACCUACUUCCCCUUCGACUGGCAGAACUGCUCCCUCAAGUUCAGCUCGCUCAAAUACACGGCCAAGGAGCUCACCCUGAGCCUGAAGCAGGAGGAAGAUGAAGAGGGCCGCACCUACCCAGUGGAGUGGAUCAUCAUUGACCCCGAGGGCUUCACAGAGAAUGGGGAGUGGGAGAUAGUGCACCGGCCAGCCAGGAUCAACGUGGACCCCAGGGUCCCGCUGGACAGUCGCGGCCACCAGGACGUCACGUUCUACCUCAUCAUCCGCCGCAAGCCGCUCUUCUACGUCAUCAACAUCCUGGUGCCCUGCGUGCUCAUCUCCUUCAUGGUCACUCUGGUCUUCUACCUGCCGGCCGACAGUGGCGAGAAGACGUCAGUGGCCAUUUCCGUGCUCCUGGCCCAGUCCGUCUUCCUGCUGCUCAUCUCCAAGCGACUGCCGCCCACAUCCCUGGCCAUCCCGCUCAUCGGCAAGUUCCUGCUCUUCGGCAUGGUGCUGGUGGCCAUGGUCGUGGUGAUCUGUGUCAUCGUGCUCAACAUCCACUUCCGGACGCCCAGCACCCACGUGCUGUCUGAGGGAGUCAGGAAGCUCUUCCUGGAGACGCUGCCGGAGCUCCUGCACAUGUCCCGCCCGGCGGAGGACGGGCCUGGCCCCGGGGCCCUGGUCCGAAGGAGCAGCUCCUUGGGCUACAUCAACAAGGCCGAGGAGUACUUCUUGCUCAAGUCCCGCAGUGACCUCAUGUUCGAAAAGCAGUCGGAGCGGCAUGGGCUGGCCCGGCGUCUCACCACCGCACGCCGGCCCCCGUCGAGCUCUGAGCAGGCCCAGCAGGAGCUCUUCAACGAGCUGAAGCCAGCUGUGGAUGGGGCCAACUUCAUUGUCAAACACAUGAGGGACCAGAACAACUACAACAAGGAGAAGGACAGCUGGAACCGGGUGGCCCGCACAGUGGACCGGCUCUGCCUCUUUGUGGUGACGCCCAUCAUGGUGGUGGGCACAGCCUGGAUCUUCCUGCAGGGCGCCUACAACCAGCCUCCAGCACAGCCUUUCCCCGGGGACCCCUUCUCCUACCAAGAGAAGGACAAGCGCUUCCUCUAGGGGGGCCUGCCCCGGUGCCCAGGGAGCCUCCAGGGACAUCAGCUCCUGAGACUUUAGCCCAGACUGUCUCACAAGUCUGGGGCAGAGAGGAGCACCUGCUCUCCUGGUUCAAGGGAGGAAGGGAGAAGCCCCACUCCUCACAUCACUCAGGCCUGCCUCACCGGGGAUUCCCUGGGGGACAGGAAAACCCAGCCAGCCCGGCACGGCCUCUUUCCCGCCUCCCCAACCCUGAUCCCCAAGUGGGGGGUAGGGCAGACAGGAUUGUGCACCUUCACUUUUGGCUUCUCCAGCCACCCUCCUCCCACCCACCCCUCAGGCUCAGGUUUCUGAGGCCCCCCUGGAGCAGAGAUUGGGUGUGCCUCCUCCUCCAGGCCCGUUAGGGGAGGUCUGGGGCAGGGGCACUGGGGUUGCAGAAUGUCCCUUCCCGGGCCUUUCUGUCUUGACUGCUGUGUCUCUGGGAACCUGAGGACUGGGGUACGAGGGUCAGGCUCAGUGUCCACAAAGGCCAAGGGUCAGCCUGUCACCCUCAGGUCCCACACACCAUCCUAGAGCCCUCCACUGGGUGCCCCCUCAGGAGCCCCUCGCCCUGAUGAGCACCUGCUCCUCCCCCUCAAAGUAGACUUAUUGGGGACAUACUUAUGCUACAAAAGUAUUCGUGGUUUAUCUGAAAUUCAAAUUUAACUGGGCGUCCUGUAUUCUUAUUUGCUAAAUCCAGCAACCCUACCCCAAAGGGAGGCCCUGCUCCCAGUCUUAUCACAAGGCCAGGGCUAAAGGCUGAGGCCGCAGGAGCCCGGAGACGUGGGUCUCUGUGGUAGGCCAUCUCCAAGGUGGCCCCAGGACCCCCUGGUGUUUGUGCCUGAGUGCAGUCCCUCCCACACUGUCCCCGUUGAGUGAGGCAGAAGUGAUGUUCUGUCACUUCUGAGAGGAGACUAAAAGUAUCGCAGCUUCCAUCUCUUCCCCUUUGUCUCUCUCUCCACAGCCCCUCUCUCUCCUCCCCUCUCGUCUCUGUCUUACCUGGGGAACGCUGGCUGCCUGUGCAGCAGCCCCAGGGAAAGGCCCACAUGGCAUAGAACUGAGGCCUCCUGCCGGCAACCCCGAGGUGGGCCUGGAAGCAGGGGACAGCGGCCCCACUGACGCCCCCGAGCCAGAACCACCCAGCUGGGCCACUCCCGGUUUCCUGACCCUCAGAUAAUCAGUGUUUGUGGUUUUAAGCUCUGAAAUUGGGGGGUGAUCUGUACCAGUGUGCCUUGGGUGAGCCGCUCCUCACCUCUUAGCUCCAGUUUUCUCACCUGCAAAAUGUGUGUAUCAUGAGCCCUGCU